GGGGCUGGGAUUCAGGCUUUAGCCCCCUCCUGGGGGGGCGGGGAGGAGAGGGCACCCUCAGGAGGGUGAGCCCAGGGCAGAAGUCUGGGGGGGAGGAGGAGGUUGGGAGGAGCAGAGCGUCCCCGGGGCACCGGGAGCAACGGCGGCAUCGGCGGGAGGAGUCGGGUCGGUGGCACCGGCAAGCCAGCGGUGCUGGAGAGGCCCCGAGGGCCCGGGGCCGGGGGACACCCCAGGGGCCGCCCUGCCCCCACCCAGCACAGUCUGCCCCGUGGCGCGCUCGGAAGAAAUGUCCCCCAGAGCCGCGGCGGGGGCCCCGCUGCUUCGACCGGACUGCCCCAGAGGAGCGUGCGUGCCCAGGAGGACCGCUUUGCCCCAGCUGCGCAGUCCCAGCCAAAUGUGGGGGGCGGCCGCUCAGAGGCAUGCCCCCCACCCGGCCACACCGCCCCUACUUUCUCCCGCUGCUGCUGCUGCUGGCCUGCCAGCCACAGGCCCCCUCCGCCCAGGUGAUGGACUUCCUGUUUGAGAAGUGGAAGCUGUACGGUGACCAGUGUCUCUACAACCUGAGCCUGCUGCCCCCCCCCACCGAGCUGGUCUGUAACAGAACCUUCGACAAGUAUUCCUGUUGGCCGGACACCCCUCCCAACACCACGGCCAACAUCUCCUGCCCCUGGUACCUGCCCUGGCACCACAAAGUGCAACACCGCCUCGUCUUCAAGAAGUGCGGGCCUGACGGGCAGUGGGUGCGCGGGCCCCGGGGGCAGCCGUGGCGGAAUGCGUCUCAGUGCCAGAUGGACGACGACGAGAUUGAGGUCCAGAAGGAGGUGGCCAAGAUGUACAACAGCUUCCAGGUGAUGUACACGGUGGGGUACUCUCUCUCCCUGGGGGCCCUGCUCCUGGCCCUCGCCACCCUGCUGGGCCUCAGCAAGUUGCACUGCACCCGAAACUACAUCCACGCAAACCUGUUCGCGUCCUUCGUGCUCAAGGCCAGUUCCGUGCUGGUCAUCGACACGCUGCUCAAGACCCGCUACAGCCAGAAGAUCGGCGACGACCUCAGCGUGAGCGUCUGGCUGAGUGACGGGGCAGUGGCCGGCUGCCGGGUGGCCGCGGUGUUCAUGCAGUACGGCAUCGUGGCCAACUACUGCUGGCUGCUGGUGGAGGGCGUGUACCUGCACAGCCUGCUGGGCCUCGCCGCCUUCCCGGAGAGGAGCUUCUUCGCCCUCUACCUGGGCCUCGGCUGGGGUGCCCCCAUGCUCUUCGUCAUCCCCUGGGCUGUGGUCAAGUGUCUGUUUGAGAACAUCCAGUGCUGGACGAGCAACGAUAACAUGGGCUUCUGGUGGAUCCUGCGCUUCCCGGUCUUCCUGGCGAUCCUGAUCAACCUCCUCAUCUUCACCCGCGUCCUCCGCGUCCUCGUGGCCAAGCUGCGAGCCCGCCAGAUGCGCUACACCGACUACAAGUUCCGGCUGGCGAAGUCCACGCUGACCCUCAUCCCCUUGCUGGGGGUCCACGAGGUGGUGUUUGCCUUCGUGACGGACGAGCACGCCCAGGGGACCCUGCGCUCCGCCAAGCUUUUCUUCGACCUCUUCCUCAGCUCCUUCCAGGGCCUGCUGGUGGCUGUUCUAUACUGUUUCCUCAAUAAGGAGGUGCAGUCGGAGCUGCUGCGGCGCUGGCACCUCUGGCACGUGGGCAACUCGCUGCGGGAACAGCGCCACGUGCACAGGCCCUCGGCCUCCGCCCGGCCCCGGGGCCGCCCCCCCAGCGCGAAGCUGCUGCUCUCCGGGGGCGGAGGCGGCAGCAACGGGGCCGGCCGGGACCCCUCCGCGGAGACCUGCCGGGUCAGCAGCCUCCCUGGGUUGGCCGAGAGCCCCUUCUAACGCCCCCGGGGGCCCCGGCUGAGGCCGGACUCGGGUGCUGAGAGAGGGCCCUGCUGAACCACCCAGAGCCCGGGCUGGAGGGACGGGAGCCGGACAGCGGCCCCACCGUCCACCCGUGCCCCAGUGUGGGAGGUCUGAGGGCCUCCCUUCUGCCCUGUGCUGGGGAGGCGGGGUGGGACGGGAAGCCGUUCUGUGAGCGCCUGCCGGUGUAGCCGGUGUUUAAGGACGAGUGUACCCUCCAACAAUAAAGAGUCUGAGUAGCGGCCGCACCCCGUGGGGAGCUGGGCUGAAAGAGAGGGCGGGGCCGGGCCCGGGGCCUCCCCACGGAAGGGAGCAGCCUUGGAUGAGGACUGCAGCUGGUGUGCUGCCUCUGGGAGGCCCCCAUUUUCCCGGUAACUUGGAGCUGGAACCCGAGGGGGUCCCAAAGCGCGACCGGUGGCUGACAGCGCCCCUCCCCGUCCCCACCGGAGCAGUUUCUAGCCACCCUCCCAUGCUGGUUUAGGUGGGGCUCGCCCACACCCUGGGCCCGAGGGGACGGUCCAUUCAUUUUGGCUCCCAACCCCCAGAGGGUCACCAUCAGCCAGCGGAGGGGUGUGAAGGGGCGGACGAUGGCGGAGGGAAGUCGGCAGGUACCACACUCCUUCCGCCAACCCCGCGCGAGUACCUCGGGCUCUCUCCUGGAGCCAGGGCUGAGCUCAGGCCCGAUAGGGGCAUCGGCAGACAAUCCAGAACCGGAUGUCCUCCACUGGCCGCUACUCGAUCCCGGCUCUAACCCCAACAAUUCACAGACCAUUUAGCAGAUGAAGUGGGGAGGAACGGACCCCCCAAAAUUGAAAUGGUCUGAGUGACGGCAGCAGCAUCAUUUUCCCAAGACCUCUGCGCUGUCCUGACGUCAUCGCUUAGCAGAGAAGCCUGACCCGCUCCACCCAAUUUACAGAAACGCAGGGGACAGAGGAGCCCGUUAGCAGAAGGAGGUGACUGGCCAAAUCCAGAGUGUGGGAAACUCCACUUUGAAGCACCCCAGGGUCCU